UGAGGAGAAGCAAGGGUCAUGGGGAAUCAUCGUCUGCAUCUGUUUCAAAGCUGACUACAAAUUCAAAGGUACAACAUAGACGAGUUGCACCACAAAAUGUUCCACCAAAGUCAAAUGGACCACAUUUUGUCUUACCAAGUGGAAGGCUACUUCCAGGUGUAGCGCCAUUUAUGUAUAGAGGACAACCCUGUACAACAUUAUCUUCUUUAAGAGUUGCAACCCCAAAUCAUACACAUGCCAAUGGUGGGGAGAACAUUUCCAACACAUACCUCUAUGAUACGUAA